AUGUAUAAAAUAAAAAAAAGAAGUAAUGAUUCAAAGGACAAAGCCUCAGACUUUAAUUAUAGGCAUGAGGAAAAUGACGAUAUAAAUAUGUAUGGAAAUAACUUAAAGAAUAAUAAUAAACAUAUUUUUAAUAAAAAGGGUAGUCAUAAUAACACCAUCAAUAAUAAUAAAUAUUCCCAAUUGGGAAAUUAUAUAGAUAUGAUGAAAGAUAAAAAUAUUGUCAAUUUAAACUUGUCUCAUAAUCCAAAUAGUUUAAAUAAAAUGAAAAAAUAUAAAAAUAAAAAACAUAAACCACUAAAUCCUAAUUAUAUGGAUACAACUAAUACAGGAAAAAAUACAUACUUAGAGUCAUAUGUGAUUAAAGGGAAAAAUAAAACCAAUACUUUAAAUAAUAAUAUAAUAAAAAAUUCACAUAUAGAAUUAAAUAAUAAAUUAAAUCCAGCAUUAACAUUAGUAGCAUCUAAAGCUGUUAAUGGUUUAUUGGAUGGUGUUCAUAAACAUAUGCAAGGUCCAUUUUCUUUGGGUUCCGAUCCUAAUAGAAAUUCUCCUUUAGCCCCACAAAUUCUUACACCAAAUUUAUAUCCAAAUAUACCUAACCCUUUUAAUUUAAAUAAUGGCAUGCCUCAACCUAUUGCCACUCCAAUGCCUAUGCCCGCUCCUUCACCACAAACUGCACCACCACAAGCUAUACCAAAUCAACCACAGCCAGUUCCUAGCACUUCCCCAAAUAAUAUGCCAUCGGGACCAGGACAGGUAAAUCCUUCCCCUACCAUGCCAAUGCCUACUACCCAAUUACCUUAUCAACAAUCAGAUAAUCUUCCAAAUCUUAUGGCUGCAAAUCAAAUAGCCCAAAAUCCUGCUUUUAAUAUUCAUCCCACUGCAACUAACCUUCGAGAUAACCCUGGAAAUGUAAAUUAUAAUGAGAAUGAUGCGGGUUUAUAG